AUGGUUGACAUAGUAUUCGUUACCGGUAAUGCAAACAAAUUGAAAGAAGUGCAGAUGCUUUUGGCACCUGAAGAAGGUGUUCCUCCACCAUUCACAUUGACAAACAAUCCGCUCGAUCUGUUAGAAGUGCAGGAUGCUUCCCUCGAAGCCAUUGGUAUUGCUAAGUGCAAGCAAGCCGUUCAAGAGUUGGGUAAGGGUCAAGCAGUAUUUGUAGAGGAUACAGCAUUGAGAUUUGAUGAAUUCAACGGUCUACCAGGUGCAUACAUCAAAUGGUUUUUGAAAAGCAUGGGUCUUGAUAAAAUUGUUAAAUUACUAGAACCAUUUUCCAACAAAGGAGCUGAAGCCGUCACUACCAUUGUCUAUGCAGAUGAGCAGGGUCAAUUUCACACUUUCCAAGGUAUCACUAGAGGUAAUAUUGUGCCCAGCAGAGGCCCCACAACCUUUGGAUGGGAUUCCAUCUUUGAGCCCCUAGAGAGCAACGGCAAGACAUAUGCAGAGAUGGAAAAGACUGAGAAGAAUUUAAUCUCUCAUAGAGGUAAGGCAUUCCAAGAUUUUAAGAAAUUUUUGUACGCUCAGUAA